AUGCCUUCAGACUUAACCACUUAUUGUGGCAGCCAGGGAACUGUGAAUCCCGACUCUGGUCCAGCAGGGAGGGUAUAUUGGAAACAAUACUUCGAACAUGAAGACCUGUCGAGUACAGAGAUUCGUAUUUUACAGGAAGAAGGAGCAUAUUUGUCCAGCAUCCUCCAGAAGGCUUCUCCUGAUGACGCAAGGGAUGCGUGGUCGUACGAAGACCUUCAAAAAGCCGUUCAGAGGUCCAGACAGGCAUGGGAGUCCAAAGAACGCCUGGGCAAAGGGAAGCCGCAGAAACUUUUUCACAGUCUGAUGCAGAAGUUUGACAUGCACUCCACCCUGUUCCAAAUAUUUCCUUCUUCGAAUACCUAUACAUCAUUAGUGGCUGGGGCGGCCACGGUUCUUGUCAAGGCUUCCGUGAACCACUCAAAAACCAUUGAGGAGCUUAGCAAUGCUUUGGAUUCCAUCAGUGACGAUAUCGGCCUCUGUAACCUUGACUCCAAGCUGAUCCGCAGUCAAGCUGUACAGAACGCAAUUGCGAAACUGUAUAUUGCCGUGUUUCUUUUUUUUGGCGAUGCCAUCAUCUGGUACAAGUCGUCGAGUACCGCAAAGGUUAUGCACAGUCUUCACAAGGACUUCUCUGAAAGAUUUCGAAAGGCCGUCAACACCAUCAGAGAUCAAGCUGCAGCGGUCCGACAUGCAGCCGAGCUGGGAUCACAGGCGGAAGUGAGAGUGGUCAGGCUUGAUGUAGAACAGCUCAGAGGAGAGCUACACGAUGCCCGCAUCGGACUGUCGGGCGAGCUGCGUACGCUGGCUGAAUACAUGCACUGGCAACAUGGCGAAAAUCUGAAGCAGCACGAAAUUACCCAUGAAAUGUUAAGGGCAGUAAGGGCAGACGCUGGAAGUUUGUCGGUGCAGAACAGCAUAACUUCGCAGCUCGAGAGUGGCGGCAAGGAUCUCCCUUUGGCUCUACCAGCAGCUCCUGAUACUUCUCCUUCCAUGUCUGUGGAAGCAAUUUGUGAACUACUCCAACAACUCGUGUCAUGGCAUCUGGAGCAUUCUGUUCGUGGAUUCCGGACAAAUUCAGUCCCUGCCCAAACACUUUUUGAUCCUCAGCUUGCGCAAGCGAUCAACAAAUGGCUUUGUGCAGCAUCGCAGCCACUGUUAUACCUCGAGUUCCUUCCGAAAGACCAGGCUGCUAGGAUCGACCACGCUGUCGGAAGACAAACGGCCAGAGUCCUGAUGGAAGCCAAGAUACCUGCCGUGAUGUUUGCACAAGGGCCUCAUCAUAGAGAGCCAGACUCCGGAGACAAGGACAGCGAUACAGAUAUUAUUCUCGCGAUGCUCAGCAUAGCGAAGGAUAUCAUGCGACAGCUUCCCAAAGAUGAUCAGCAAUCCGCACCAGUCUGGUCGGCAUUGAGAAAGCGAGAAUCACCUGACGAUGUGGACUUCGCAACAGCCGGUCACAUUCUGGAUGCUGCUCUCCAAGCGGCUCCUGCCAAUCUACAUAUUGUCCUUCUUGGAUAUCCCACAUUCUGGCAUACCAAUGAGUCCAGGAUCAAGGCGUUCCUAGGCAUUGCACGAAAAGUGAUGCGGGGCGACAAUUCGGGCAUUCGAAUGGUCAUCAUCACCCAACGCAAAUUGCAUAACGUGCUUAAACAUCUCCGGCCGGAGGAGACCGAAUCAGUGACAGCCUUUUCCGGCAAUAGACCAGUUAAAGCUCCGAUCAUGGUUCGAUGGGCGAGAGCCGAGAGACCUUGA